AUGAAAGAGAAAGCAAAACACAUAUCGAUGCAAUUCCAAAGAAUUAUUGAAAUGAAAGCCAAAACAUUUUUUCAGUUAAAUGAUUUCUCAAUGAGCCUUAUUCAAGUUUUGUGGCUGAACGAAACUCAAAUAACCUGCUUGGACUUGUUUGUAUCCGAAUACGAAAAGGAACAUCGACAUGGUAACAUGUGA